AUGAAAUGUCAAUCAAAUGUGGAAAUUAGAGUUAAAUUCAAGUAUAAUUAAGCAAGAAAGCCAAUUUCAACUUAAUAUAUAAAAUUAAAAACUCUUGCUAUGCUUUCUUUUAAUUAUAAAAAUGGACCUUGGAAACAUGCUUAUGUUAAGUUUGGUUAUAAUCCAGAAGAAAAUAAAUAUGCUAUUGAUUAUUAAAUUAUUGAUUUAGUAGUUCAAGAUAAGGACGAAUAUAAUUAUGAACAAAUCAAGGAUUUUAAUCCCAUAAAAAAUGCUUAUGAUCCUUCUUAUAGAGAAAAACCUUAAAAUUAUAGACAUAUGUAUAUGAUCUGUGAAAUUAUUGACGAUAACGUUUAAAAAGCUUUCAAGAAAAUAAGGGAAAAAAUUGAAAAAACUGAUAGAAUUCCAAAUAAAAAAACUGGAUGGAUGGAUAAUUCUGACUUAAAAAGAUUAUAAAAAAUAAUGAAAGAUAAGUUUAAAUUUAAAUGA